AUGAGGCUUUUCUCUGUUCUACUCGGUGCGGCGUGUGCAUACGCGCUGCACGCUUCGGAGGCCGGCGUGCUCGACUGGCAUAAACCUCAGCUCGGUGUUCCGCUCAUCCAGUCCGCUGCCACUGCCCCCACAUUCCACCGGAGAGAGUACGACACUGGGGCGACGCGCAGUACUGUUCUGACCGCAACACAGAGCAACGUGCUUGCUUCUGUGAACCCAGCGAACGGCUCAAUAGACUGGCGGUAUGUGUUCGACGACGACGACCGCAUUAUCGCGUACCACAAGGACAAUGACGUGGUCGCCGCCUUGUCCGGCGUCGGAGGUGCCAACCUCCGCCUAUUCGACGCAAUAGACGGCGACCUCCUACUGGAAACCCGACUUCAUAGCCCUGAGGCGGGACGACUGUUUGAACCAGAAACUCUGGGCACUGCUAUUUCCUUCGGCUCUGGGGUGCAAGCUGGGGAUGUAUUCGUGCUCACGGACGGACACGUUCUCCGGAGCAUCGACCGGCGCACUGGAGCUGUGAAGUGGGGCUGGAGCGCGCCAGAUCAAACAUCUCUCGUGGUGUAUUCAAAGAUUCUUGUAACGCCGUCGGCCAUCUAUCUCCUCGGGCUCGCCAACUCCUUUGCGUCGUACACGUUGCACAUCAGCACCCUAUCCCCGACUACCGGCGAACUCAUUGCCAGCGGGAACGUCCCUUCUAGCGUCACUACAGGGUUUACCGACGUAGUGGUCGUACGCGACCACAGAACAUCGGAAGUAGAACCGCACAUCGUGUGGCUCGAGGGCAAGGUUAUCAAAUAUUACACUUUGACACCGAGCCUCAAGGCGAAGCCCGCCGUCAUCAAGGGAGCAACCUACCGCUCCCUGCGAGACGUUGGAGUCUCCGCAUAUGGCCAGUUCGUUGCUGUGCAAGAAGAUGGUUCUGGACGGGUGAUUAGACUCAGCUCCGAGGGCUUGAAGGUAAUCUGGGACUUUGCAGACUCUGCGACGUCGCCGCAGCGCUCCGAUGCUAUCUACUCCGGCGGUCUAGACGUCGACGGCCACCCAUACAUCGCCCGGGUCUUCUGGUCACACGCGUUCAGGCAAGCAUCGGCGCACAUCUUCGCGUCACACCUCGCUGAGGGCAAGGGCCUCGUUACGGGAUUCACAUUCCCAUUCAAGACGGCGGAGCACGGCAUUAUCACCCAUCCUUACAGGGUGCUUUCACGGCUAUUCCUGACUACCAGUACGGGAGCUAUUCAGCUCUGGCAGCACGACCAGCAUCAAUGGACGCGCGAAGAGGGCCUCGCCGAUAUUCGUGUCGCCGAGCUCGUCGAACUGCCCGAAAGGAAGAUCGCCUCGCACGCCGGCGUCGAGCAAGAGAACUUUGGGGCGCGUCUCCGCCGGCAACUUUCCGACGCACAGGAUUUCCCGCAGUACGCCGUCAACUUCGUGCGGCGAUUCGUGACAGGCUCGUAUGCCUCCGCGAGCGCCUCCGUUGCGCCGUCCACCAAUGCGACGGAGCCUCUGUCUCGCGAUACCUUCGGCUUUAGAAAGGUGAUUGUCGCCGCUACGUCCCAUGGCAAGGUUCACGGCAUAGACUCGGCGAACGGAGAGGUCCUCUGGAGUCGUGUCUUUGGUCUUGGCUGGGCCGCGCAAGUGGGCGGCCAAAUCAUUCCCGCAAAAUUGUUUGUGACGCGCACGGUCAAUGACGGCGAAAUUCCCCAAGUCGUGCUUGUGACACAGCGAAAAGCAAACAACGGCCUCGUGGACACUGUGCUGUUCCACGUAGAUGCUCUGACCGGCGACGACGCAACAGGCAAAUCUCCGGCCAACGACGUUCUGCAAGGCAAAGACGUCGUCUCUGGCCCGCUUGUAGAGGCAUUCCUCCUGAAAACUGCAUCAGCGCGUGUCGUCGUGCUGCUCGAUGAGUUCCUGCAAGUACACUUGUUCCCCGAAACAGACGAGACCCUUCGCGCACUCGAGAAAGCCGCCCCAGCCCUGCGCAUCCCAUUGAAAACCGGCCCUCCUGGCCAGCGCCAGCUCACCGGUCAUCAAAUUCCUUCGAAUGUCGAGUUCACCGGGCGGUACAUCGCGUACCCGACGUGGACGCUGCCGUUCCCGCCUACCGAGGACAUCCGCACCAUCUUUGCGCGGCCCACGGACCCGGUCGCGUCGCUUGGGAAGGUACUCGGCAACCGCACGACGCUGUACAAGUAUCUCAACCCGAACCUCAUCGGCGUGGUGACGGGCCCGUCGGCAUCUGUUCCCGCAUCCAAGUCGGCGACGUGCGCGGUGUACCUGGUCGACGGCGCAAAGGGUACCGUCAUCUACCACGCGGUGCUGCCGUCCGCGGAGGGCGCGUGCGACGUAAAGGCGGCUCUUGUCGAGAACUGGCUGGUGUACCACUAUUACGACAGCGAGGUGGGCCCCGGCCAGGCGAAGGGCUAUCGCGUCGUUUCCGUCGAGCUCUACGAGGGGCAUGGGAUCGAUGAUAAGACGUUGAGCUCGGACCUGACGUCACUCUCGAAUAAGACCACGUCGGUGAGCAUACACGAGCAGUCGUAUGUGUUCGCGCGCGGCAUCACGACCCUGGCGGCUACCUCGACGAGCUAUGGGAUCACCAUGAAGGACAUCAUCGUUGCGCAUGAGCACGGGCAGAUCCAAUCAGUCCCUCGCCGCUUCCUUGACCCGCGACGCCCGAAGCAGAAGCCAACGACGGAAGAGAUGGAGGAAUGGCUCAUCCAGUACGACCCCGUCAUCCCCGACGACCCGAAGCGCGUCCUCUCGCACAAUUACCAGGUGGCAAAGACGCGCCGCGUCGUGACGUCCCCGGCGCUGCUCGAGUCAACAUCGCUCGUUUUCGCGUACGGCCUGGACCUAUUCUCCACGCGCGUCGCACCGUCGAACACGUUCGACGUCCUCAGCGAGAACUUCAACAAGGUGCAGCUCGUGUUCACCAUCGGUGGCCUCGCGCUCGCGAUCUUCAUCGUGAAACCGAUGGUGGCGCGGAAACGCCUGCGGGAGCGGUGGUACGACUAG